AUGCUGAAUUCCUCGGAUGCUGAAGUGUUGUCGAUAUCGGGAGCCGGGAUUGAUCUGAGGACGGGCUCGGCGAUAAGACGACGAUCAAAGUUUGUCGUUCGGAGUGCUCCGGUCAGCAGGUCGUGUACUCGACAGUCUUCCAACUUCAUCCCACCCAAGCGUCCGUCCACCUGGGCUUCAUCCGCCCCGCCUGUUUCCGGCAAGACUCCGUCAAUCAGUGUGGAUGAUGUCCUGCACGUGGCGGACAAGGAACGCGCCAAGUCGGCCUACCUGAAUCGACGGCAGGUGCUCGUGCAGGCCCAGAAGAGGGUCCGCCAUGACGAGACCAUCUCUAGACCACCGUCCACGUUCAGUUCUCUCUCUCACGUCAGAGUGUCGCAGCGAACUCCCGGGACCGUCAGCAGUCGGGCAAGUUCGGGCGUCUCCGUGUUGCACCCGAACACCCCGAACGUGGACGAUCUGCAAGCGGCGACCGUGGAGCAGUGCUGCGAGGUCAUGGGCCCCAGUUUGUGUCGCGAGUGUCACAAACUGUCCUCGCGCAACGCCAUCCGCGAACUCACCGAAUCCUCUUUCCCUGGUCUGAGAGUGACGCAGCAAAACGUCGUCACCGCGGCAUUGGUCAAGAGGUUGCUACCCCACAUCAGUCAAGACGAAAUAAAGAUGAUGGUUGCCAAGGGCGACAUCGCCAGGACGACGUUUCUGAACUACCUGAGAGGGGAGCGAGCUGAGAGCGUUCAGGAACCCGCGCCGACGGACUCCCCAGAUUCCAGUCGCACGCGCAAAACCGAACAGGCGGCGUACAUAAUAGCCAGACUGAAGAUGAAGAUGAAACACUUCGGCAAAGCCAGCACGCCACUGUACUUCUGUAACAUCCGGGAUCUGAACUAUAAGCUCCUAAAGGGGACGGUUAAUCGAGACUUGGUGAAAUUCAAACCGAAGCCGUCGAAACUGUGCGUGCCCAAGAUGGACGAUCCUUGCGCGGAUUCUCUGUGUCCGUUGUUCGUGAGUCCUCGGAAAGUUAAAAUGAUUGAGGAGACGUCGUACAAGGUGUUUUACGGUCCGCCGCUGUUGUCCAAAGAGAGUCAGACCGCCAAUCCUCCCUUUUUCGCCGGCUCUGAUCUCGAGUACAAAUUGCCCGAGAGGUUGCCCGACAAACUCGAGUUUGUUGACAGUAAAGGAGCGACCAAAAGAACCGAAUCAAGCUUAUCAAUUAUAUCGUCGCUUAGUGAUGAACCGCUGUAGGAUGUUUUACCGAACAUGUUUCUGAAUUUGACAGCGUGUUUCAAAUAGCUAUGGUGUGAAGUAGUUAAGGAAACACCUUAGAUUCCUAGCUAUGUUUGAAUCGUCUCAGCAUGCUUUAAAUGGUUACGGUGUAAAUGGGGUUAAGGCAAUUGUGUCUUUUCAGUAUGUUUCAAAUGAUCGUGGUGUGAAGGGUUUACGAAAAAAACCUAGAUUCCUAGCUAGGUUUGAAUCAUCUCAGCAUGUUUCAAAUGGUUAUGGUGUGAAGGGUUAAAGAAAUGGAUCUUUUCGGUAUUAUGUUUCAAAUGGUUAUGGAGUGAAAGGGGUUAAGGAAAGACUCUAGACUCUUAGCUAGAUUUGAGUCUUUUCAGCAUUUAGCACAUGGUUAUGCACUAUAUAGUGUGAAUGGGCUUAAGGUAAGACUCUAGACUCCUAGUUAGAAUUGAAACUUUUUAGCAUGUAUCAAACGGUUAUGGUGUGAGCGUGGCUAAGGAAGGACCCUGACUCCUAGCUAUGAUGAGUUUUUUUCACCAUGUAUCAAACGGUUAUGUUAUGAAUGUGGCUAAGGAAGAACCCUAGACUCCUAGGUAGGAUAAGGUUUUUUCAGCAUGUAUCAAACGGUUAUGUUAUGAACGUGGCUAAGGAAGGACCCUGACUCCUAGCUAGGAUGAGUUUUUUUCAGCAUGUAUCAAACGGUUAUGUUAUGAACGUGGCUAAAGAAGGACCUUAGACUCCUAGGUAGGAUAAGGUUUUUUCAGCAUGUAUCAAACGGUUAUGGUGUGAACGUGGCUAAGGAAGGACUCUAGACUCCUAGGUAGGAUAAGGUUUUUUUCAGCAUGUAUCAAACGGUUAUGGUGUGAACGUGGCUAAGGAAGGACCCUAGACUCCUAGGUAGGAUAAGGUUUUUUUUCAGCAUGUAUCAAACGGUUAUGGUGUGAACGUGGCUAAGGAAGGACUCUAGACUCCUAGGUAGGAUAAGGUUUUUUUCAGCAUGUAUCAAACGGUUAUGGUGUGAACGUGGCUAAGGAAGGACUCUAGACUCCUAGGUAGGAUAAGGUUUUUUUCAGCAUGUAUCAAACGGUUAUGGUGUGAACGUGGCUAAGGAAGGACUCUAGACUCCUAGGUAGGAUAAGGUUUUUUUCAGCAUGUAUCAAACGGUUAUGGUGUGAACGUGGAUAAGGAAGGACUCUAGACUCCUAGGUAGGAUAAGGUUUUUUUCACCAUGUAUCAAACGGUUAUGGUGUGAACGUGGCUAAGGAAGGACUCUAGACUCCUAGGUAGGAUAAGGUUUUUUUCACCAUGUAUCAAACGGUUAUGGUGUGAACGUGGCUAAGGAAGAACCCUAGACUCCUAGCUAGGAUGAGUUUUUUUCAGCAUGUAUCAAACGGUUAUGGUUUGAAAGGGAUUGAAGAAACACCGUAGAUUCCUACCUAGAUAUGAAUGUUUGGUCAAUCCUACAUCUUUAUGACGAGGGGGAUACGGGUACAUAUAUGUUUAUUUUCAAUGGAAGUUGGUAGCUAACUGCAUCGUAAGAGUGUUUAAUGAUACGGACAGUGAGAAGGGUUCUUUUUGGGGGAUAUUUUUAAUAAUUUGACAUAAACUUUUAAAACUACGGAAGGUUUUUGACCUACAUUGCUAAUCUAACAUAUUGAAGGGUUUUGUUUUAAAAACUAUUAUUCUAAAAUGCAUGCGGGUAUAUUUGUGUGUUUGUUUCAUAGAACUGGAGAACAUACAUUUUGCGCAAAUUACUGAUGCUAUAAAUUGUGACGUGAAAAAACUAUGUUUUAUGCAUAUACAAGUUUUAUAUGCUGAAAGGACUUAUCUGAAGCGUUAAUCAUGGACAGGUGGUGGUUUAAGUAGUCAAUUUUAUGUCAAAAUCGAUUAAUACAUGUCAAAAUAGGUUAGUAUGUGCAGGUGUAGUUAAAAUAGGUUAAUAUACCGUCAAAUUAGGUUAGCAUACAAUCAAAAUACAUCGACAUACAUUACAGGACAAUUGUAUCAAGCAGUCAUCUAAGCUAAAAAUAAAAUGUGGCUGUUAUUGACAGGUGGUCUAAAAAAAACAGGUUGCCAUUUUAUGGUACAUAUAUUUAGUCAAAAAGAUAUACAUACGUGUACAUAUACCUAUUUCUAGGUAAUAUAUUAAAAACUUCUACUCGAAUUCGUUUUCGGGAUUUAGACAUUCUGGGGCUCAUUUCACUAAACAUCGUAAGUUUACGUCUGCUACUAGCAGUUACACCGGCCGUGCGUUUACACGUGUUUGGCAUCAAUUUCACGCAGAAAAUUACAUCAUUACAAAAGUUGGAGUCUUUUAAAGCCAAAAGAAAAUGAAAUAUGUAUUCUUCUAACUAUAUUUGUUGAACUAUAAUAGUAAUAAGAAUUGUCGUUUAGUCGUAGAUUUACAUUUACAUGCAAAACUAGGUUUACGAUGUUUUGUGAACUUGGGUCAAGGUAUGUGAUUUCUUUUAAAUCGUAAUUAACAACUUAAAAUUAAAUAUCUGUAUUCAAAAUUAUAUUUGGCCUAGAAAUCAAUGAAUCGCAUUUACCUUGAGGAAAUGACAUGGUGUAACCAUUAUUUUGUGUGGUAGUCUAUUGAAGUCCCCAUGAGAAAACAUCGACUGUAUUGUAUAAAGAUCUAGAGAAAUAAGACACUGGCCUGUUCAGAAUUACUGGAUCAUUUCUGUCAUGUGAUUAUUUGUAAACAAAUAAAUGUAUUAUGUAUAAGCAAAUAUUACCUCUACUGUAAGAUAUUAUUCUACUCGUUACAUACUGCUGAUUUUGUGCGAUUUGGAUUGUAUUAAAUACAUGAUAAUAAAAGAGGACU